AUGAAUAAUAGGUUCAACAACAAGAAUCAUCCAAUAAUAAAAGAUCCAUCAUCAUCAAGAAGCUAUGCCAACGGUGAAGACUACAUGAUGAUGAGUGGUUUUCCAUGGCCACCAAGAUCAUACUCAUGCAGCUUCUGUAGAAAAGAGUUCAAGUCAGCACAAGCACUUGGCGGACACAUGAAUGUUCAUAGAAGAGAUAGAGCAAGGUUGAGGCAUCAAUCACCACCUCCAUUAUCAACUAAUCUUCAUCAUCAAGUUCCUAAUCUCAACCUUAAUCUUAACCCUAUUAUUAUUACUACUACUACUACUACUACUAGUAGUACCUCUAACCCUAACUUGCCAUCAUACAAAAAACCUUCCACUACUACAUUGCCCUUGUUUCUUAUGGAUGGUGUUUUACUUAGCCCUUUGAGCACAAAACCCAACAACAUUCUGGAUCAAGUUGAAGGAUAUGAUGGUAAUUUUGCAAGAAGAGAUGAUGAAGAAGGGUGCAAGAUCUUGAAGAAAGGUGAGAUUCUGAGAGUGGAUUUGGAGAUAGGGUUGCCUAUUCCUUCUACUACUACUUCUACUACUAAAAAAGUUGAUUAUGAUUUGGAUCUUGAGCUUCGUUUGGGUACUUGCUCUUAA